GGGUAUGAAAAGGCGGGAAGCUCUAGUUAAUCUAUUUCAAGCAUGUAACGCUAGGAAACCAUUAGCACAGUUACACUCUCAAACCCUCAAAUCUGGGCUCGCAAAUGACACCUUCUUCGCCACAAAGCUCAUUGCUCUGUAUUCGAAACAGGACUUACUCGGGCACGCCCGUAAGGUGUUCGACGAAACGCCUCAAAGAAGUGUCCAUCUGUGGAACGCUACACUCCGGAGCUAUUGUAGAGAGAAGCAAUGGGAAGAGACAUUGUUUUUGUUUCAAAAGAUGUUAUUAUCGGAUCGAAUGCCGGAUAAUUUCACUAUAUCUAUUGCUCUCAAGGCUUGUGCCGGGUUAAGGGUACUUGGGUAUGGGAGAAUAGUGCACGGGUUUGUGAAGAGGAAUGAGAAGGUUGCGGUGGAUGUGUUUGUGGGUUCGGCGUUGAUUGAGUUUUAUUCCAAGUGUGGGAAGAUGGGCGAGGCGGUGAAAGUGUUCGACGACUUUUCUCAACCCGAUGUGUUUCUGUGGACUAAUAUGGUUACUGGAUAUGAGCAGAAUGGUAAUGCUGUGGAAGCAUUGGAGUUUCUGUCCAGAAUGGUGACGGUUGGGCGGGUUAAACCUGAGCGAGUGACGCUUGUUAGUGCUGUUUCUGCUUGUGCUCAGCUCUCGAGUUUUAGACUUGGAAGUUGUGUUCAUGGUGUUGCUAUUAGGAAUGGGUUCGAUUCUGAUUUGUGUUUGGUAAAUUCAUUGCUGAAUCUAUAUGCAAAGACAGGUUCUAUCAGAACUGCCACUAGCUUGUUUUGGAAGAUGCCAGAAAAAGAUGUUAUUUCUUGGAGCUCCAUGAUUGCUUGUUACACUCAUAAUGGGGAUGUACUCGAAGCGUUGGAUCUUUUCAGAGAAAUGAUUGAUAGGGGAGUUGAGCCUAAUUCAGUAACUGUGAGCAAUGCAUUACAAGCGUGUGCAGUGGCCUGUAACUUAGACGAGGGUAAGAAAAUCCAUGAACUUGCCACUAGGAAAGGUUUUGAGUUAGAUGUUACAGUAGCAACAGCCCUGAUUGACAUGUACAUGAAGUGCUCUCAACCUCAAGAAGCAGUUGAUCUCUUCAGAAGAAUGCCGAAGAAAGAUGUGGUUUCUUGGGUUGCUUUGUUAAGUGGGUAUGCUCAAAAUGGGAUGGCAUACAAAUCGAUGGGGAUCUUUCGUAACAUGCUAUUAGAUGAAACUCAACCUGAUGCUGUCGCUAUUGUUAAGAUUCUUGCAGCGUGUGCAGAAUUAGGGAACCUUCAACAAGCUCUUUGCCUCCAUGCUUAUUUGAUUAAAACUGCUUUCAAGGAUAAUAUCUUCGUUGGAGCUUCACUCAUAGAGUUGUACUCAAAAUGUGGUAGCAUAGACAAUGCAGUCCGAUUAUUUGAAGGGAUGGCGUACAAGGAUGUUGUUAUCUGGAGUGCAAUGAUUGCAGGUUACGGAAUCCAUGGACAAGGAGGAGAAGCUUUGAAAGCAUUUGAUCAUAUGGUUAAGCACGCAGCUGUUACGCCUAAUGAUGUAACAUUUACCUCUGUUUUAUCUGCGUGUAGCCAUUCAGGUUUGGUUGAAGAAGGUUUGGGGAUAUUCAAUAUGAUGUUGCAUCAAUACCAACUGAAGCCCAGACCCGAGCAUUACGGAAUACUGGUUGAUCUUCUUGGCCGAACAGGAGAGUUGGACAAGGCCAUGGAAAUUGUUGAGCGAAUGCCAAACCCAGCUGCACCCCAUGUUUGGGGAGCCUUGCUUGGUGCAUGUCGGAUUCAUAACAAUAUCGAGCUGGGAGAGGUUGUAGCAAAAAGACUUUUGGAGUUAGAACCGGAUCAUGCAGGUUAUUACAUACUGCUGUCAAAUAUAUAUGCCAUGGAUGAUAAAUGGGAAAAUGUAUUUAAUCUUAGAACUUCCAUAAGGGAGAAGGGGUUAAAGAAGAUCUUUGGACAGAGUGUGGUUGAGGCAGGGAGUGAGAUCCAUAGUUUUGUUGCCAGAGAUAGAUUUCAUCCUGAAUUUGCGAUCUAUGGAUUGCUGAGGAAAUAAGAGGUGAAAAUGAGACAGGAAAUUAGAGGUGAAAAUGUAACCAUAUCUCAGUUUUCUUUGUUCUGUACAGAAAAAUAUUGAUCAUCACUCCAUUCGAUAUGAUCGAAUUUCAAAUAAAUCUUUGUUAGAUAUCUAAGAACGUUGCUACAAAAUUGUGUGCAUUACAUUUAUAUCAAUCAGCACUGGUCUACUGUCCGGAAGAAAGAACGAAUUCUACGUACAGAUUUUUGAAGGCAAUCAUGACU